UACUUACGAAAAUGCUUUUUUGUGACUGCAUGUUCCUUUAUAAACAUACAAAAUGUAUAAUCUGCUUUACUAAAAUAGUAAGCUCUACUUAUAUACAUUUAUGUACCAGUGUGAGACAAAUUAUUGACUGUACAUCUCUGUACAUUUUUCUAAAACAACACUUUAAUUGUAGUAGCUAUAAUAAUCUAUGUCGUUGCUACUGAGACGCAACCAAAAUAACAAUUUUAAUGAUCAUCCAUUGUUUAUUAUUCGUACGCUCGCGCCAAAAGCGACGAGACAAGAUCACCAAAGUCCGCCGACAACUCUUUGAUGCAUAGAUGUGAUGUUCUGAAAUAAAAGGCUUAACUUAUGAAUGUCAUAUUUAAAUACCUAGAACUGUUUUUAAUUUAUGACCUUUUUUUGGUGAAUAUUUUUAUCAAUUAUUAAAUGUCAAAAAACAACAACAUACGGAGUUAAACACUACCACGGACUACGGAGUUGUCCACAUCAUAAGAAUUAUAUAACAAACAAUUGUUUACUAUUGUGUACGGCAGUGACUAAAUUGAACGCCGUACAUAAUAUUACUAACAAUUUUGCUGUGUAUUGAUAUUUAUAAGACAAGCUAGUUUUCUAAUAUUUUUUUUUUAUCAACGAGCAAAUGUUAAUUGCGCACGCACAAACGAGGAUACUUUAGAUACAAUAUUUGGCAGCAGUAAGCCUGCGUUAAGAAGUCUAAUUGGUUAUACUGAUACCGGCAAAUAAUAAAAUCAAUAAAAAAUAAAAAAAUAUUUCUAGAUGUCAUCUGGAACAUAUAUGUUAUCAAUGCAGAUGUAAGAGUACAGCUACUUUAACUCCAGCUUAUCCAGUUUUGUAGAUUUUUCUCUUAGGUAUUUUAAUUUUGUCAAAUAUAUUCUUGUCUGCUUCACACAUACACCGGCACUUUAAUCCGCAUAUUAAUUAUAAUGGAAAUUUAACAGAAAUACUUAAACUAUAAGUUUAAGUACCUACGUCAAACGCCUAUGAAAUUGCGUACUUGCAUGUUCUCGUUUAUAUGUAUUUUAAUGAUUAGUCAACUGCCUCAAAUAGGGAAGAUUCGUUCAAUCUUAAUUUCGAUAAUGUUGCUCAUCACGUAAAUAUGCGGUCUAUUUAAAGAUCGAAAGGGAUAUUCUGGUAAUCAUUGUAUCCGUAUUUCAUUUUGAUAAAUUAAAAAUUAAGUUAGUAUUAUCUUUGUGGAGAUAUCAGUUUCACAUUUAUUUUUGGUUGUUUAAGGUUUUGUGCAAAAAUGCUUUUUGUGUAAAGUAAGUUUUUAGUAAUAUCGUUAUAAGCAUUAGUUUAAUUCACGCGUAUUACUUGUAUAUGGCGUGACUAAAUAGUAAAUAGGUAUAAUAAUAAUAAUUAUACGUCUAUUUGGCUAUGGGAGUUUACAGGUAUGACUUUGGAAGUAGUAGAGUAGCUGACCUAUAGGUACAUACUUUCCUUUAAGUUUAAAAAAUAAAAGACUGCAAGUCUGACAAAUAACACAACAAAUAAAAGAUAUCCUAUUAUUAUAAUUAGAAAUUAUUAAGAAGGUAAAUAAUAUAUUACUGUAAAAUACAGUACCUACCAUAGACUUGAUUAAAUGAAAUGGGAUCAUAGGAGCGACGUAUCUAGGUAAUUAUGCAACUAGCAAAAGAAAAUCCCGUCUUGCAUUUUACUAACACUCAGAAAACUAAAAUAGUAUUUAUUUUAUUUACUUUUUUAAGAUUGACUGAAAACAAAUGUAUUGUUGGCAUCAUCAUGAAAAGCGAGAAAUAAACAGUCUCAUGCCAUUAAAACCAUUUGGCAUUCCACUGUUGCCAAAUUAACUCUUAAGAAAUGUCCCGCAAUUCGGGAUACGUUUAGAUAUUACGAAAUUAAAUGCAAAGCUGAGUCGCCUUUUGGAUGCUUAAUUUUAUUGUGUCAAGCCAAACGCGGCAGUUAACGUUUGCGCGGGAAACGAACGCGCGCGCCAUUAAAAUUUACCGCCUCUUCGACAAUUCGGCUUUAUUGUGUAUUGUGUAAGGUUUUUGUGUUUAAAGUGCAGUUUAUAAGAACUGAUAUUCGUUUUCAGGCGAGACAAAUUCCAAUCUCAGCAUGAACAAGAAAUCUCAUAAGAAAAAGCACAAGAAACGCGGAAAGCACGAAGUACGAAACAAAGAAAACGUUAUAGAAGAAGUUUUGGAUGUAGAAGUUAAAGAAAACGAAAAGGAUUCAGCGGAAACUGAAAAGGAAAAAGACAAACCAUGCUACGAAAUCAAACAGUCGGAUGUUAUGGGACGAUACGUGGUGGCCAGUCGAGAUAUAAAACCAGGCGAGGUGAUUGUGGAAGCUCCAGCGCUGGCUGUGGGUCCCUGCAGCGGCUGCGGACUUAUCUGCCUAGGCUGCUACAGAGAGCUCGACGAGAACAAUAUAUACAAAUGUACAGGUUGCGAUUGGCCAUUGUGCAGUAAGAGCUGCCCAGGCGUAGGGUAUUAUACUGGACACUCGAGCUACGAGUGUGAAGCUUUAAAGGACUCGUCUCCAAGCUACGCGAACAUUGAGGAGCUGAAGGAAUGCUACCACGCCCUCAUGCCAUUGAGAUGCCUUCUUCUCAAAACGGCAGACCCUGAAAAGUGGGAAGGGGUCAUAGCUAUGGAGGCUCACAACGAAUUACGCAAGUCGCGGGGUGACAUAUGGCCGGCAAACGAGAGGAAUGUUGUCCAACGGUUGAAGAGCUGGGGUUUCGAGUUCGAUGACGUGGAGAUACACACUGUUUGUGGGAUAUUAGAGGUGAACGCAUUCGAAGUCGGCGGCAACGGAGCGAACGCCCGCGCGUUGUACGACGGCGCGUUCCUAUUGGCCCACGACUGUACGCCGAGCACAACGCACACGGACGCAGAGCGGGUGCCCGGCAGACCUCUCACGGUCAGGGCCUCGGUGGCGCAUCGGGCGGGAGACCUCGUGUCGCUCUGCUACGCUUAUACCUUACAGGGAACCUUAAAGCGUCGUGAGCACAUCCGCCUGAGCAAGUUCUUCGAAUGCCACUGUAAACGUUGUUCAGACCCAUCGGAGCUGGGCACCUUCGCGAGUGCCUUCCGCUGCCCCAGGUGCUCGGGCAGGAUCCUCUCCACUGCACCAUUGGAGCCCAAAGCCCCCUGGAGGUGCCUGGACAAUGCAUGCACCUACACCAUGACAGCGGGGGGAGUUCAGGCUAUGCUCAAAAGGUUGACAGAAGAAUUGGAGCAAAUAGACGCGAAUGACGUAGAAGGUUUCGAGAAGUUUCUCCACAAGUACCGCAACGUGCUGCACGACAACCACUACCUGUGCCUGUCCGCGUUGCACUCCCUGAGCCAACUCUACGGCAAAAUCUCCGGCUUCAUGAUCCACGAGAUGCCGGAGUCCCAGCUGCACAGGAAGAUCGAGAUCUGCCGCGACCUGAUGAAGGUCUUCGACGUCAUCGAACCGGGAUACUCCAGGCUACGAGGUAUAACAUUGUACGAACUUCACGCACCUCUGAUGGUGCUCACCACGAGGGACUUCGAGAGGAAAGCCAUCACCAAAGAGAAUCUCAGGACCAGAUUAAAAGAGAUCGUGAGUUAUUUAACGGAAUCUGCCCUAAUCCUCGACUUCGAGCCGAAACAGUCCCCCGAGGGGCUCAUGGCAACAGCCGCGAGGGACGCUCUGGAUAAGAUCAAGACUUGGGAACAAAUUAUUGGGAAAAUAUCAUAAUAUUAAAUUACAUGUGUAUUUUAUUUUAAUAUUAUCGCCAGGACAACAG